AUGAAAUUUACAUCCAUUGCUCUCUUGGCUUUUACCACUCUUGGUCUAGUAAACGCCGACGGUUCUCUUAAUCGUAGUGGCGGUAGCGGCUUGAGUCGUCGCGCUGAAAACUAUCCACAAUUGAAUCGCAAUGGUCAAUCCAUCAAUCCCCUGGAGAGCCUCGAAAAGCGUGCUUCUGUAUGCCCUGCUGGAGACUUUGCAUGCAGUGAUGGAAAUGGUUGCUGCCCUAACGGAUCGACCUGCGUACCUAAUACCCUAAAGUGCAACGUGGCAUGCGGUGUUUAUGAUGUGCAAUGCUCUGAUGGUGGUUGCUGCAGUGCUGGAACAUACUGCGGUGGCGAUGGAUACUGCUAUCAAAGCACUGGUUCCGGCAACGUCGGCAUUACUACCACCACUACUAGCUCAACUUCCUUGUUUGUAUUCCCGUCAACAUCUAUCGUAAUUGUGAGUUCCUUGAGCCCAACAACCACAGACCUUGCAGCAGGUGCAACCACUCUUCCUCCACCUGCCAUUUCCCACCCUUCAGUCGCUUCCUCUGCCUCUGCUGUUGCCGUUGUUACUAACAACCCUGUUUCUGGCCUAAGCGGUGCUACCACCAAGACUGUGUCUGCAGCCAGCAUUGUUCUUGUUGCUGUAGUUGCUCUCGCACAAUUGUAAUUAUUUUCUUCUACUUUGGUCAAUCCUCUG